AAAAAGCUCAGUAUAGUUUAGAUUGUGAUUGGCCAGAAUGGUGUACGUCAUCCACGAGGAUAUGACGUUGAGGAGCAUCGGACGUAAACAUGGAGGAAAGAGAAGCGCUGAAGAGGCAGAUUGAACUUCUACAAGAUCUUAUCAAUAAGCAUAGGAGCGUCCAUGGUGAUGAACCGAUUACUGCAGCAGAGCGGAGGCUACCUGAGGCUCCUACAGCAGCCAGAGGCAGAGGUUUCAGCACAUCUUUCGUCCAUCCUCAAAGCUCCAGAGGGAGGCCAUAUGAUCAUCAGAGCCGUGGAAGUUGGAGGAAGACAUACUCUCUGAGGAAUAACUGUCCCCAGUCAACUGUACGACAACCCUCAGCUGUUCCUUCCACUUCCCUUCAUCCAUCUACCUCCCAGUAUGGAACUGGCAGCAUCUCCGCAACAAUCAGCAGCAAAAGCCCCGAAGCUAAUCUCAGUAAAACUGCCUCUUCAUUGUCAGGGAAUCUUACUCAGAAGAAAGAGGGAAUUACAAGCAGGAAAACAGGAAUGAGUGGAGCAGCAACAGAACAAUUAAACACACUUUCUGAAACGCAACGUUUAAGUUCAGGUAGCACCAAUAUGCAGGGAGAUGUUUCAAAGACUCAGGAGGGUCAGCAAAAGGGUGAAAACAGGUUUGUCGUUCUGCCAGAAAAGAAAACUGGAGCUUCAUUUAAGUUUCCAUCUUCUGUUAGCACCAAUUCCUUACAUUCUCAGUGCAUGAUUCAAAUACAGAACAAGUCUUCCUUGAACAAUAAAACCAGCCCGGAAACUUGCAAGACUAAUAAGUCUCCAACCUUACCAACUCUCUCCAGUAAUCCCACCAGACCGAACCUACUUUCACCUUCCAAACAACCACAACACUCCUUCCAACACGCCUCAUCCCAGACCCUCCAUGGCCAGGUUAACGCACCAUUUUUAAAAAAAUCCAAAUUCACAUGGGUGAAGAACCAGACUGUGGACUUGGAGCUCAAAGCAACCAGCUCUGUUUCCGCACCAAUUAGCAGAAUCGCAAGGUCUCCAACAUCUGUCCUCAAAGCUGCAGUGACUGUAGGGAGUCCAAUAUCAGGUGCAUUAAGUAAGAAAACACCGUCCAGGAAGUUUCCUCGAAAGCUCAGUCCUGUCACUGUAGCACCCAAGACUUCAAUGUACAGAUGGGUUUCCUCCUCUGGAGUCCAAACCAAGAACCAGCGCAAGCCGUUAUCUCCCAAAACUGUGACUGUUCCUCAGAGAAGUCUUGAGAGAGGAGAUGUUGACAAGAAACUUAAAUCAACCUUUUCUCCGUCUGCGAGGCCGAAGAGGGAAAUCGCAGCUUCUUCUGCCAGCUCAACACUUGUGAGCCGUUACCGUUGGAAGGCCGGAGGGCAGAUUGCAGCAGGGUCGGGGACAGGAACUGCAGCGGUAGCUCGCCGUAGAUCUACCUUCCACUGGACGGCAGAGAAAAGCAACAAAGGGCUAAAAAUGGGGCAUGUUUCUCCGACAUAUCCUCAGAGGGCUUACCUUCGCUCUCCCUCUCCCAGUGUCUUCACACUCCAUAGCAGAAUGAAAAUCAUCAGGAGGACCGCCAGCAGUGUCGGUGGAUCAGAGAAGACGAGCACUUUGGCUUCAGGAAAGUUUCCCCCACGUAGUCGCUUGCACACCUUCAGCAGGAGUCCUGCAGGAGUACGGAGGACACCUUCCAGGGAGCUGGUCUGUUUUGGCAGACACAAGUUGAGGAAGAUCCCCCCCACCUUCUCAAAAACAAAUACUGUCUCCCCAUCGCAUCUAAGCCCCGCCUCCAAGCGGGUGUUCAGGACACGCUACAAGAUGGUGACCCGUCCGGGUACAAGCGCUACUCACGCCCCGCAGUACAACCCAGCGCUCUCCUGGCGAGCCAGGAAGAUCCAGUCAGCCAGGACCUUCCUUCAAAACCGCCUCCGAGGUCCUUACGACAGGCAGCAGCCCUCCAGCCGGCAGUGGACGGGGAUCAGGAUGUGCUGGAUCCGAGGCUCCCUGUACCGUGUGUCUGCCAAUAAGCUGUCCCGCACAGUGACGCCACAGACAUCGAUCGACCGAAGAGGAAAGUCCUCCAGUCCACACGUGUGUGCUUCCCUGGCCCGUCAUUUUGCCAGUCGUGCAGUCAUGCGGAGCCUUGCCAUCAUCAGACAAGCUCGUCAGAAAAGGCAACAAAAGCAGUACUGCAUGUAUUACAACCGCUUCGGCAAGUGUAACCGCGGCACAAGCUGUCCCUUCAUACAUGAUCCGGACAAAGUGGCUGUCUGCACCAGGUUUCUGAGGGGGACAUGCAAGCAGGCAGAUGGCACCUGCCCAUUCUCCCAUAAGGUUGCCAAAGAGAAGAUGCCAGUGUGUUCCUACUUUCUGAAGGGAAUCUGUAACAACAGCGAUUGUCCCUACAGUCAUGUUUAUGUGUCUCGUAAAGCUGAAGUGUGUGAAGACUUUGUCAAAGGCUACUGUCCAGAGGGAGAGAAGUGUAAAAAGAAACACACUCUGGUGUGUCCGGACUUCUCUAAGACCGGCUCCUGUCCACGAAGCUCUCGAUGUAAACUACAGCACCGCCAGCGGGUCAAAAGGAGCGCCAGCAGCACCUCCACCGUUUCAGACAAGAGAGGUUGCUCUAAAGAGCCUUUCAAGAGGCCUCAUCUAUCGGUCGUCAUACCUCAGGACGCUAAGGCGACUCCAGGAACACCCAUUGCUGGCCCUCUCGCUCUGCCGUCCUUCAUCUCUCUCUCCAGCUCUCCAGAGGAGGCAGAUGCACCGGAUUCACCUCUGGCCGACCCAACACAAGUCAAAGAGAGAAAGCUGCAGAUCAAACCUCGACUGAGAGACCAGAAAGACUGAGGCUGAAAACAUGUCACCAAUCUGGGAUUGUUUGAACCCCUGUCCCUUUCCCUCAGGGCCUGAAAGUUUUAUCUUCUCUGUGUGUAAACAGAUGUUUCGUGAAUUCGUGUAUAAUUUUUCCCUUCAGUGUAACUUUUAAAUAAAUUGAAAUAAAACAUGAACUUCAGCUGCA